UGUUUUGCUUUAUAAGCAACCAUGCGUUGAGUUGUGCAGUAGUUGUCAUUCCGUGUAUGUAAACAAAUAAAUGACAAGAGCAUUACAAUCUCUUUUGCAUUGUAUAUACAAUUUGUUUGGAGAUUUAAUAUAAUUAAUUAACACAAACAUGACAACAUUUGAAAUUAUUCAAUCCUCCACAUCAUAUACUGCAACCAAGUACCCAGUGGAAAAAACUACAAAUUCCAUUGUACAGCAAACGACAACUGCGUCAAGAGCUACAACAACAAUUAAACUCACAGAUGCAACACCAACGGAUACGGAUAUUGAACCAGAUGAAAGUGGACAUUUUAUUUUAAUUCCUUUGGCAGUUCUUUUAUUUAUAGUAGCUUUUUCAGCAUUGGUUUUCUUAAUUGGACGAAAUCGAAGGCGCCUAGCAAAGGCUUACUGUCGUAGAAGAAAUGAAUAUAAGCACAAUUUCGAAGAUUAUUCCAAUUCGUUACUGGAGCGUGGGGACUUCGAUGAUCCAAGUGAAUGCCUGCUGAAAGGAAAACUGCAAAUCGAUAAUAGCUACAACAGCACACUACGGAAAGGGCUUUAUACUUAAGAAUAUGCCAGUGAGAUUAAUGUCUUAAAACAUUAUUGUUUACAAUUUGUCAUAUUUAAUGUACGCAACGUUCCUUUAUCGCUUAUUAACAUAAUAGCGCAUAUAGAAUGAUAAAACAGUGCAAGUGGAACAUUUAAACAAAACACUAAAUGAAAUCAAAUUUAUAGGAGCAUAAAUAUUGAAAGUAAUUAAUUUAUUA